UACUUACAACAGUAAUGAAUAAAUCUGAUUUGUCUAGGAAUGUUUUGUUUUCCAAGGAUGUCUGCAACUAUGUUGGAACUACGGUGUUAGUCCAUUCGUAUUGUUCUUCUUUAGAACCUUAUGUACAUAGGCUAUAUAUACAGAGAAGAGUAAGUCCUAAGGAGGAAUUGAUUACAGUAUAUACGAGAAUAUAUAGUUGACAUAAUCAGAGAUACGAGGAUAUCUCUCUAUACAAAUAGUGAGAGAAGAAGAAGAGAAUUGGGAAGAUUGAUUUUAGGGUUUUGUGGUGUUGGUUUCUGAGAGAUCUAAAGUGGUGUAGCGAGUAUGACCAAUUACGCAUAUUCUGCAUUCUACAAGAGUGUAUACGCUGUGGUGGAGGAUUCUUCACUGGAUGCAGUAGUCUCGUGGAGCAAACACAAGAAAAGUUUCAUCAUUUGGGAUCCGAUAGAGUUUCAGAGAAGGGUUAUGCCGACGGGCAGACAAAAAAGAAUACUAUGCUUAAAUUUCCCCAUGUUUAUCGACGACCUUAAGUACUAUGGAUUUGUAAGGGUUAAGGGAUCUAAGCAUCGUUAUCACUUUGGACAUCCGAAAUAUUUUGUGAAAGGUAAACCUGAGCUUAUGACAAAGAUGUAUGAAGAGGCUCAUGAGAAGAGAAUGCACAAAUUUCAACAAGCCAGGGCUAUGAGAAAGGCUAUGAGAAAGAAAGCCGAAGCUAGAGCCAUGGAGUUAUCGGGUGCCUUGGGUGAUUUAGCUCUUUGAUGUUUAGCUAUGUGCUUUUGUUUGUUGACAUCUUUAAUGUUGGGUCGAUUGCGUUUUG